UCGCGUGUCCGGGGCCGCGGGUUGAAAGGGAACGAAGGGGACUGAGAUUGGCUAGGGAGCUUCAGCUUCCUUCCACCGAAGUGAAGCACGCGCGCCGCCCGCAUCGAAGGGGUCCUUCUCUUGUGCUCGUCGUCGUCGUCCUCCACUCGACUGCACUGGCCUGGGGCGGAGGUAGAUCCAUCCGGACUUGGAUUGGUCGGUUCCCUCUUCUGUCGGGUUGAAUGACUCCAGUUCAUACUUCCAGUAUGCUGCGGAUUUGUAUGCUGUGUGGUCGGCCAGUUUAUUAUUCAAAUGUUUGGGGACUCCUUUGCCUGUAUGUUUGGAGCCCUGGCAAAUAGGGGUAUGAUGGUUAGGAGUUGAGGUGCUGAUAUAUAUGUCCUGUGGAUUGCAGGUUCCUCAACAAUAGUGUCCAUUUCCAAUGUGAUUUAAAGGGAUUGUUGUCUUAGCCCGGGGAUAACAUACUGGAAGGACAAAAUUUUAUUAUAACCUUUGUGUAGUGCUACCACGAUAGUCUCUCUAUCAGCUCAUAAAGAUUUGAACUGAACCUGAGUUACGAAUUGUUCUGAUCACAAUGGCCAACUCUGGCUCUUUUGCUCUGAAAGACUAAUACAUUUAGCAUUGAGUAGUCAUCAGCCUGUGUAUUUUUUUAGAGUUCCAGGGACAAAGCCCCAGUCCACAAUGCAUUGCAAACAGGACCAAAAUCGAGUUUACAACUCCAAGUUUAACUGUUUACAGCAUUGAUAUGACAAAUAUUGAAUCCGCCAACACAGAAACUUAAACUACUCUCCUAGCCCACUAAGCUUUUUUUGUGUCUCCUGCUGCCCAACUUUUCGAUGAAGAAGGCUUCAAUCGCAGGGAUCUUGCUGGCCAUCUCCCAGCAUCCUGAGAUAUUCUGGUCUUCCCACUAUCACCUCCAAUUUGACCAGCAUAUGUUGGAACUUCUCUGGCUCUUGAACAGAACAAAGGAUUGCCCAGUUCUUGAGCGUUAGUGUCACACCUCGCCAGACCUGUUGCAUAUCCUUCCAGACCCCAUUCUGAAAACAGAUAUUAUUUCUUAGCUUCCACAGCCCCCACAAGGAUGUCCUUUGAUUAAAAAAUAUUCAAAAUACCAUGUUUUUUACUACUACGCCAAAACUUUGCCAUCGAUUCAAAGUCAGAACCUAUUCUAAUCUCAAAUAAUUCUGCUAUACUACCCCACAUUCUCCUAGCACAACACAAUCAAAGAAAAAUUGAUGUAUGCUUUCAUUUCAGUACAAAACAAGCAGGCUGUUUAUUGUUCAUCUAGUUGUGCUAUAGAAGACUAUGGAGUCAGAAAGUGCAUCUGCCAUCAAAAUUGCGAGAGAACCUGCCAUCAUUAUCAAUGGUGUUCCAGACUUACCUCCUAAUUGCACAUCUGUUGCGCAAGCCGAGGUAAAAAAUGAUGCUGAAUCUCAAGUUGAUCCUCGUUUUGGUGAAUGGCUAGAAGGGAGGAAAGUGGGGAAGCUUUUCGGGGACACUUAUUAUGUAGGGAAAGUGGUCAAGUAUGACAGUGAAAGUAACUGGUACAAUGUUGUCUACAACGAUGGAGACCAGGAAGAUCUUGAGUGGUGCGAACUUGAGGAGGUCCUUCUGCCGUUAGACAUAACCAUUCCACUCAAAACACUUGUUAUGGGCAAAUGCAAACUUCAAGGAACAGUUCCUGACUACAGACCUAAGGUGGGUAGACCAAGGAAAGUUUAUGCUACGAUCGAAGAUAAUACGAAGAAAACAUCGAGUAUGGUUCCAGUAUCACAAGGAAAUGAUGUUAUGAACAAUCAGAUGUUGAUGGUUGGAGUAGAAGGGCAAGGCCAACUUCCAGCAUCCACAUCCAAUGAUGCAACGAGUGGUCAGUUAGUGACUGCCACAGCAGAAGGAAAUGCUCAAGCAUGCUUGCAGGCUAGUAAUCAACCUAAAAAGAGGGGCAGGCCUCGAAAAGAUCGAACUUUAUUUGCUGAUAAUCAACCUAAAAGAAGAGGCAGGCCUCCGAAAAACAGGAAUGCAUCUGGAAAUUCUCAGAGUGCAGAAAAUACACCGGGUUCUCUGGCGCUUGUGCCAGUGCAAGAUGAUACACAAGAAUCUUCCAGGAGACAGAAUAGUACCCUUAAGUGCAAAACACUGACAGCUCGGGCAGAAAAACUAAAAAGAAAAUAUUUGCGUGUUAAAGGCACACCAUCUGGAACUCAAUUAUUCUAACAAGUAGUCUCACUUCUCCAAUAUAGAUAUCUGUAAGCAUUUCAGGAUCUAUGUAUGAUAGUGACAUCUAGCUUUGAACACAUACUUUGUACAACACCGGCGUACAACAAAACUUAAAGCUAAAUCUGCUCUACCAAUGCUAUUGUACUCUUCCUGUACAA